AUGUUUGUCCUCACGAAGUACUGUUCAUUCUUGAACUUUCCAUUUGCUCCAGAAGAAAGGUCCUCCUACCCAGGAAUGCUCAAGACACAGCCGUCCAAGAUUACGCUCCCCUCGAUACUCUGCACAGUACCUUAUCACGAGACACCCUCCAAUUUCUCCCCGAGUUGCAGAGUAACGUGCCUGGACCCCAACAGAAGCAAGAGCCCACGGCGUCGAUUCAUUGUUAUAAGUCUCGAUAUCGAAAAGUAUGCUCAAGGAAACUCUGGCUGUCAUAAGUUUCUACAACAACACCUUACCAGCUCCUUGACAACCAAAAAAAACAACGAAGGAGCCGUUACUUUACUUCCUCGGUUGCUUUAA